AUGCUGGUCCUGGUCAUCGGGGACUUGUACAUCCCGAGCAGGGCCGCAGACCUGCCAGCCAAGUUCAAGAAGCUCCUAGUACCCAACAAGAUUGCACAGACUCUAUCAACGGGCAAUCUAUCGGACCACGAGACGUACGAUUUUCUACGACGCAUUGCACCGGAUUUGCAUGUUGUCAAGGGCGAUAGUGAUGAGCAGCCCAAUUUACCAUCCUCAAAGACCAUUACACACGGUCCUAUACGGCUCGGCGUCAUCAAUGCGCAUACCAUUGUGCCGAGUGGAGACUCAGAUGCGCUUUUGAUUGCAGCGCGUCAAAUGGACGUGGAUGUGCUCAUCUGGGGCUCGACACAUCGCUUCGAGGCGUAUGAACUAGAAGGCAAGUUUUUCAUCAACCCGGGUAGCGCGACAGGUGCAGUGCAGUCUGGCUGGUGGCCUGAAGGAGAGGAACCAACACCGACUUUUGUGCUCAUGGACAUUUCCGGUAGCGUACUGGUUUUGUACGUCUACCAGCUCAUUGAUGACGAAGUCAAAGUGGACAAGUUUAGAUAUGAAAAGUCAUAA